CAUGUGCCCUCUCAAUGAACCCACAGUAAUCUAUCUGCCUGUUUGCCUUCUCCCAGCUCAUGCAUUCUUUGAGUCUUGGUAACUGGAAUGUUUUGUCUGUUCAGGCUCAAAAUGAUCAGUGGAUCCUCAUGAUGUAUCAAGAUGAACCUGGGAAAACCUUAAGCUGUUGACUAAGCUGCUUCUCUGAAUCAGCUGAUACUUCUUUUGUCUCAAGAUUUAGAGUUCCCGGGAGGCGCCAUUAAGUUAAGAAUUUUCUCAGAAUAGGAUGGGGAGAAGUCUUGAGGUUCUCAUCAAACACAUUUAUAUCUCAAGCUUUGGAAGGAAAUAAACUGCCAAAGGGAUGAAUCCCAGAGCAUUGCCUACACUGAUGUGGUACCCUGAUAAAUGCCUAACAAAUUCAGCAUGUGUCCACUGCGCUUGACUAUUUGCUCGGUAAAGUGCCAGUUCAUUGAGAUGUCUUGGGACUCAACUGAUUUAGGAAAGAGCUUAUUAGUCACCUCCAUAUCCUUUAGAUUAUUAAAUCUUUUUUAUUUUAUCAUUUUAUUGAAGAGUUAAUGGUUUAUAAUACAGCUGCUAACACACACAUUAGAUCGUUAAAUCUUGACAUCUUUUCACUGCGGUCUUUGUAUGGAAUACUCGCACCAGCAUGCAAGAGAAGGACAAGGAGCCUUGUUCCAUGGGCAGAACAACUGUGAAAGAAGGUGCUGUGUGUGGAAAGCUGCAAUAAAAAAAAAAAAAGUCACCUAGAAUGUCCCUGCCAAACCAGUCAGUGGAAGGCCUUCUCUUCGAGGCCUCCAACAGAUCCUGGAACACAGUGGCCACUUCAGAGACUUGGGAUCCAGGGACCCUCCAGGCCCUCCAGAUUUCUCUUGCUGUGGUCCUUUCCAUCAUCACACUGGCUACCGUCCUUUCUAAUGCCUUUGUACUUACCACCAUCUUUCUCACCAGGAAACUCCACACCCCAGCGAACUAUCUCAUUGGUUCCCUAGCCACAACUGAUCUCCUAGUUUCCAUCUUGGUCAUGCCCAUCAGCAUUGUAUAUACCACCACCCAAACCUGGAGCUUUGGCCAAAUCCUAUGUGACAUCUGGCUGUCGUCUGAUAUUACAUGCUGCACUGCCUCCAUCCUACAUCUCUGUGUCAUUGCUCUCGACAGGUACUGGGCCAUCACAGAUGCCUUGGAGUAUAGCAAACGCCGAACAGCAGGCCACGCGGCCGCCAUGAUUGCCAUAGUCUGGGCCAUCUCCAUCUGUAUCUCCAUCCCACCCCUCUUCUGGAGGCAAGCCAAAGCUCAUGAGGAGAUGUCAGACUGCCUGGUGAACACUUCUCAGAUCUCCUACACCAUCUACUCCACCUGUGGGGCCUUCUACAUCCCAUCUGUAUUGCUCAUUAUCCUCUAUGGCCGCAUCUACAUGGCCGCCCGGAACCGCAUCCUGAACCCACCCUCGCUCUAUGGGAAGCGUUUCACUACUGCCCACCUCGUCACAGGCUCCGCAGGGUCCUCGCUCUGCUCUCUCAACCCCAGCCUGCAUGAAGAGCAUUCUCACUCAGUUGGCUCACCUCUGUUUUUCAAUCAUGUGAAAAUCAAGCUAGCCGAUAGUGUCCUAGAACGCAAGAGGAUUUCUGCUGCUCGGGAGAGGAAAGCCACUAAAACCCUGGGGAUUAUCCUAGGGGCGUUUAUCAUCUGCUGGUUGCCCUUCUUUGUGACAUCUCUGGUCCUGCCCAUCUGCCGGGAUUCCUGUUGGAUCCCCCCAGCCCUUUUUUACUUUUUCACCUGGCUAGGCUAUUUAAACUCACUCAUCAACCCAAUCAUCUAUACUGUAUUUAAUGAAGAGUUUCGGCAAGCAUUUCAGAAAGUUGUCCAUUUUCCUAAAACCUCCUAGUCUUAUUUGGUUGUGACUGCUGUUCUCUUUGGAGUCCUGCAGUCCAAUUAGGAUUAUCUUUUUAUAUCUUUUCUGUGAUUUGGGUUAAUCCUGAUAACCUGGAUUUGAUUUGAGUUCUGACAUUAGAGUUGUUCGGCAUUUUCCUGUUGUCUUCAUGACUUCUGAGCCAUGGAAAGCUUGACUGCUGUGGGAAAGAGGAGAAGACUGAAGAUUUCACUAAGAAUGAUAUUUUAUUUAUUUAUUAUUUUUAAGAUUUACUAAUUUAUUGGGGGGGCAAAGGAAAAUAGCAUCAGUCUGGCACAUGUGAUACCAAGGAUUGAAUUUCGGACCUCAAGCUUGAGAAUCCAACACUUUAUCCACUGUACCAACACACGGACUGCUAGUAUGGUAUUUUCAUGAUUCAUCCAUGUGAAAGAAAUAUAACCCACAAGAUACCCCAUUGAUGCAAUUCAGGCAAGUAGAACCAGAUCCACUGCCCUGUACUCUCCCUCCUUCCUCAAUAUCUCUGCACCAUCUUAAUGUUUUGAAUUCAAAACCCACAAUCACCCACUCUCAAGUAGACUUACAGGAUUUUCAUGAAACUCUGAGUAAAACACUAUUCUGAUUUGUUUUUUUUUUUCUGAAUUACUUUUAAUCGUCUUUUCAUUAGCAAUCUUAAAGUGUUCAAUCUU